AUGUCCAGAUUUCAGGAACUUAAAGAUUUAUUCAAACGGCGGCUGAUAAAUGAAGCUCGCGCUGAUCUGUUUGAACAUUUCGAUGAAUCAAUAUCUGGAGUUGAAAAGGAGAUCGAUCACAAACGGAAACUACUGGAUUUGGUUUUACACCCCGAUGUGAAGCUGCUGAGAGCAGAGAAUCCUGCAGAUGUUCAGCAAUUGGAGAAUAAAGAAGAGGUUCCCAGCUCCAGUCGGGACCACCAGGACCCAGAUCCUUCACACAUUAAAGAGGAACAGGAGGAAGUCUGGACCAGUCAGGAGGGAGAGCAGCUUCAAGAACUGGAGGAGGCUGAUAUCACCAAGUUCAUAUUGACUCCUGUUCCUGUGAAGAGUGAAGAUGAUGAAGAGAAACCUCAGUCCUCACAGCUUCAUCAAACACUAACUGAGGAGAUAAAAACAGAAGCUGAUGGAGAGGACUGUGGAGGAUCAGAACCAGACAGGAACUCACAUCCAGAUACACAUUUACAACCUGAUACUGAUGAAAAGACUUCAGACUCUUCUGAGACUGACGACAAGACUUCUGACUCUUAUGGACCCGACACUGGUGACAGUGAGAUUGAGACCGAAGACAGUGAUGAGUGGAAGGAGACCAGUGAACCUCAGUCAGGUUUAAAGUCUCAUAUGAGUUGUAAUACUAGGAAGAAAUCACUUAGCUGCUCUCAGUGUGGUAAAGAAUUUGGUCACAAGGGAAACCUGAUGAUACACCAAAGAAUGCACACAGGGGAAAGACCUUUCAGCUGCUCAGUUUGUGGUAAAAAGUUUACAUCCAAGGGGACUCUAAUGAGACAUAAGAAAACUCACACAGGAGAAAAACCAUUUAGUUGCUCAAUCUGUGGUAAAUCCUUUAGUUAUUCAAUUCUGUACUACCACAUGAAGACUCAUACUGGAGAGAAACCAUUCAGUUGCACAGUGUGCAAAAAAAGUUUUAUCCAAAAAGCAAGACUGUUGUACCACAUGAGAAUACACACAGGAGAGAAACCAUUUAGUUGUUCAGUUUGUGGUAAAAAAUAUGCAAACAAAGUUAAUCUAAAGUAUCACAUGACAAUUCACACAGGGGAGAAACCAUUUAGCUGCAGUGCCUGUAACAAAAGAUUCAGAUCAAGGUCACAACUCCUAUACCACAAGUACCGUAAUUGUGGCAGUAACUCAUCACAAAAGCCUCCCCAUAAAGAACGUAAGAAACCAGAGAGCUUCUGUGAAUGCUCCGAGUGCGGGAAAAAAUUUAGCCAAAAGUCAAACUUGAUUAUACACCAAAGAACCCACACAGGGGAGAAACCGUGCAGCUGCUCAGUUUGUGGUAAAAGAUUUAUAAGCAAAGGGUCUCUCAGGACACAUAUGAUAAGUCACACAGGAGAGAAACACUUCAGUUGCUCAAUUUGUGGUAAAUCUUUUAAUCAGUCUGGUUUGCGCUACCAUCUGAAAACUCACUCAGGAGUGAAACCCUUCAGUUGCUCGGUUUGUGGUAAAACGUUCAUUCAAAAAUCAAGUCUGAAGGUUCACAUGAAAUCUCACACUGGAGAAAAAUCAUUUUGUUGCUCAGUGUGUGGUAAAAAAUAUGCACACAAAGUAAAUCUAGAGUCCCACAUGAGAGUGCACACAGGAGAGAAACCUUUUAGCUGCAGUGUAUGUAACAAAAGAUUCAGAUCAAGGUCACAUCGCCUAGGCCACAAGUGUGCUGAUGAGUCAUUAGCAAAGUGUCCUCGCAUAAUAAGACAGACACAAAUGUCCACUUUCAGUAAAACGGUUCCCACACACCGAGCAAACAAAGGGUUUCUCUCCGGUGUGGAUCCUAAGAUUUUUCUUGCGGCAAAAUCUUUUAGCACACUCAGGGCAGGUGAACGGUCUCUCUACAGCAUUAACCGCACUUUCACUUUCAAGGAUGGUAUUAUUAUCCCGUGGACAGUCUGA